CACAACCAUCUUCUGCCCUCAUUCAAUGAACCCGACCGCCCGAAGCCCGGAACCCUCAAACAUCUAUCCUCCAACGGGCCCACCUGCCCGGCUGCCCGGCUGACCAAACAGUUACUCGUAUUCGAACCCCCCAUGCAGAGUCGCGGGCUAAGCCUGACCGAAGAAAACCUCUUGCAGCUCAAGGACCUGAAAUUCGGGCCCUGUGGCGAAACUCGGGCCCAAUGGAAAUCAAACGGGCCUUCUAACGAGGUCGCAUCUGCCGAACACACGCAGAAGGGCAGAGAAAGGCUCGUUCGGGCCACUUCCUUGAUUAUGGGCCGAGUUUCCGCUAGCUUCACGAACGAGACUAUGGCAUGUCGGCACAGUGGACAAGGGAUCGAGCCUGGCGGGCCUUGGCCCACGGAUGAUGUGGCGUACGUGGAGCAAAGAUAUAUGGCGCAGUGUCAAACGGCGCAUGGAUCUAAACAGGUCGAUUGUGAAUCUCUGCAUCUCCAUCCACACUGUCUGAAAAGUGUCACAAGACGAAAAAAAUUGAUGUUAGUGAGAUACGCUCACCGAGCAAUUUCGACAAUGCUCAUGAGAGGAAGGCAUAGA